UCCAAACUGGGGGCGUGCCGACUGACAUCUACUCACUCAGUGUGUCAGUAAGAUGCAGCUACGACUGUGCUGACCAACAGCAGCUCAACAAGUCACAACACUGGACAGCUGACGGCGCUGGAUCCUGGAUUGGAUGUGAUACUGGCUCAGGGUGUGUAACUCAGCAUCUGUGUGCGAUGUGUGGACCCGCCCUGCCCCUGUGUCUGCUGCUCUGGAUCAUAGGAGCGAAUGUUUCCAAGACGCAAGCUCAGGUCAUAGCUCCGGCCAGUCUCAACGCAGAGGCGGGUCGCUCCCUGCUGCUCAGCUGCAACGUCACCACGGAACCAGGCAACAACGUCCGGCAAGUGCGCUGGCUCAACAGACACAGAAAGGUCAUCCUGGCGUACGAGCAAAGCGUGCCGAUCCGCGUCAGCCACCAAGAACCCAACGUACAGCUCAACACCUCGCACAAUGACGCCAGCUACAUCACCAUCAAGAGGGUGCAACAUGAUGACGAAGGCUGCUACUUCUGCAUCUUUGACAUUUUUCCCAUUGGCUCAGUGGAAGGCAGGACGUGCAUCAGCGUCACUGGUAAAGUGCACCAGGAGGGCAAUAAGACCGCGGUGAGCGGGAAGCCGGUCACACUGUCCUGCUGGUACAGCCUCCCCCAGAGAGUGCACCAGGUGCUGUGGAGGAAGACAGCGGAGCAGGGUGACACCACCACUGUGGGCUCCUUCGCCAAACGCGGCCACCAGAGCAUAGAGGAUCAGUACUUGGGUCGGGUGAGCUUGAGCCGGACACUGGGCGACACCCAGCUGACCAUCCAGGCGGUAAAAACGGAGGACGAGGCCUGCUACACCUGCGAGUUUCACACAUACCCAGACGGCACCAGAAGUGACAUCGCCUGCCUCUCUGUUUAUGUUUUACCCAAACCAGAGGUGACCCAUGUGACCUCGUCCUCUGGAGUCACAGAGGCAAACUGCACCACUCAGUCCCGACCUGCAGCGGAGAUAAUGUGGAACAUCGACGGGGAGAACCGAACACUUGGACCGCCCAUUUCAUCAGCCUACGAGCAGGGCGACGGCACAACAGUAGUGACGAGCACGCUCUUCUUCCAAUCAGGGCUGCUCAGUGACCUGUCCGUCAAGUGUAUCGUGCACCACCCGGGUUUGGCCAAACCUCUGACAGCGUCUCUCAGCACACACAUGGGUCCAGCCAUGGUCGUCCUCCUCUCAGUGUGCGGUGUGGCAGCGGUCCUCCUCCUGUGUCUCUGUGUGUGUCUUUGCAAGUGCUUCAUCUGCACCGACGACUGAUUUGGAGGCCGACGUCACUGCUGCUUUGAUGAAGGUCCAGCGGCGUUCUGAGGCUGACCUAGCUGCUCAGCACCGUGCCCUCCAGCUCAGCGUGCACAGGAAGGGAACAGAGCUGUCACAGAGCCGAGCCAACACGGCCGGUUCUGCUCCCAUAAGCUGAGAAGAUCCCGCAAGUGCAGACACACAUUCCUCUUAUCAUUUACUACAACAUGUACAACUAAAACCACUUAUUUACUGCUAGAUGUCACACUUACAGUAGAAAAUAUGAGCAGAGGGAUUUGGAUUUGCAUCAGUGUAUCUUAUGGCAUCAUGGAGGGCCAGUGGUGCGUGUGUGUGUGUGUGUGUGUGUGUGUGUGUGAAUUUUAAGAUGUUCAACAGAGUAAUAAGUUAUAUAUUUUUAAAAGUUUAGGUUGAUAUAUCUACCUUAAACACAGAUUGCUCAGUUGGUUUGAAGUAUUUGUGUUAUGAAGAGAACUUUAACAAAAAUUAAUUGAUAUAAUACUGAAAUAAAUCAAUAAGUCAUUUAUCUGUUGGAGAUUUGUCAGAUUUGUCAAUUCCUAUUUAAAAAUAACACAAAAUAGUCCUUAAACAUAUUUUACUAUAUUCUUAAGUAAGCUCCUUAAAGGGUAACUUUGGCAUUUUCUAACCUAUUUCAAACAUAUUAGACCCUAUUUUCCAAGUUUUUGUGUCUAAAUGACUGAUUGGAGCAACUAAUUUUUUUUAAGUUGGUUCAGUGCUGCAGAUGGGGCUGCAGCAAAACGGGCUGCAAUUUAGCCACUUGGGGCAAUUAAGCAGUGUCAAUUUACGUCUACCAGAAGUGCUUGUGUUUGCCACUCCAUUUAUGAUUUAAGUGUCUUACAACAUUAUGGAAAGGGUCUUGACAGUGGUAGACCUUUUAGUUAAAGAGUAAUAUUGUUUCUGUUUAACUAGUAACAGCUACAAAGUCGCUAUCACCAAACCCACCAGACUACAUAUAUGAAACAGAAAUUUUAGCAUGUAUAGCAUAUUCACAUCUAACCAUGUGAAUUAAAGGUUUAUUUCAGUCAAACCAGCAUUAUGAUUGUUGGAACAGUUAAACCAAGACCGUUUGUGUGAGUUUUAUUUUGUUUGUUGACUUUGGAUAGAUAGAUAGAUGGAUGGAUAGAUUGGUAGGUUGAUUGUCAUUGUUCAGGUACAACAAAAUUAAGUUCGCAACCAUAUACAUUUAGCAGUAAAAAAAACCCAUCACAGUGUGUUUUACGAUGAUAAAAGUAAUGUUUAUUAAAUGAAGUCUGGUGGGUUCCAUAGGUGGACUUUACCAUUAGGCAAAACAGGCAUUCGCCCAAAUGCCCUUCCUGUAUUUUUUUGCUAAUUUAUUACGUUUUUCAAAAAAUCCCUUCCCAAAAAUAGCAUCGGAAUGCCUAAUUCAUCAAUAAGCCCCCCCCUUCAGUCGGCACUACAUGGACUAUUCCAAGAUGCGCAUCACCGUACUGCGCAGCGCGUAUGCGGAAACGAUUCCAGCGCGCUGAGAAUGAAUUCAUGUAAACAAAACACGGACAGAGAGACAAACCAUGAAGCGAGCUGCGGUUCACAGAAAAAGAAGAAGAGGGAGAAAAAACAGGAGUUUGUAACAAACUUGCCAAAGGUAUCUACCUUUUUCAAAGCUGUGUUCACUCUGUCAUCAAAGACAGGCCUGAAUCUCACUUCCUGCUCCACUGUGACAAAUACAACGAUUUAUUAAAACAAUAUUUCUCUGAAAAACAAUCACCGACAUAUAUCUCCUGGGUUUAUCCACUUUCCAAAUCUUCAGAAACUGCCUGGGGAGAAAAGUCAGUGUGCAGUUUUAACUGCAAAAUAUGUGGAAUAUUAUUAUAAACGAAGAGAAAUAAGCUCCACACUAAAUGUUUUAUGUAACUAAACAGUAUGUAUAUAAUGUGAUUAAAAUAUAUUUCUGUAAUGUAUUUGAUAACCUGUUAUUUUGCUUUGGCAACAAUGUGACAAACAUUCAUGCCAAUAAAUCUGAUUUGACUUUUAGAUCAGAGAUCAGUCAGUCAGUAUUAUAUUAUAUUAUUAUAUGUCUCCAUAAUUGAUCUCUUAUUGUCUUGUGUGGUAUUCUCACUUCAUAGUUGAUACAGUAGAACACAAGACCAUGAUCAACCUACUGCCCCCCUCUGGAAAACCAAGGUAAAUUAUGACAUAUUUAAAAGGACAUCAGAUAGAUGGAUGCAGGGGCCCCCAAAUGACUGCUCACCUGGAGCCCCCAGAUGGCUAAGUUUGCCACUGGUGGGUUCAACAAUAGCAGUUUCGGGGAUGUUGCUGAUUUGGUCUGGCUCUGUAGUGAUUCUUUCACUGAUAACAAUCCUGUCAGUGGCAAAAACAAGCAUUUACAGUGGAUGUAAAUUGACGUCACUCAGCUGUCGGCAGGGAUUACAUCGCAGCCUUAUUUGCUCAGCACUGGACCAGUUUCAACUAUUUUUGUUCCCAUUUGUCACCUUGACAAAAUUAGACACAAGAAAAUAGGUUAGAAAUAAAACCUGGUCCUGAUUGGUGCAUGGUCAUAUUCUACAAUGUGGAAAUCACCAAAUAAAAUAACCAAAAACUGUUCUAAGUUUGGAAGGAAAUGUUGUCUUCAUCCCCCCAUUACUCACAGCUGUUGGUGUAAUGGUAGUAGUGGUAUCCCAAUGGCUUUUUGGCAAAUAGUUGGUAAAUGCUUACAAAAAAAGAUGGGUCAACCCUGUACACCAGUAUAAACCCUCCACCACACCACUGCUCACAACUGAGUGAGAAAAUAGAUUUUCAGGCCCUUUAAGGUAGCUGAAACUUCAUCUGCUGUCUGAUUGCUGCUGACCACAAAAUAGCCACCACAGGGUGCUAUGUCACCUCCAUUUGUGGUUGUCACUGAGAAAAACCUUUGUAAACUAGAAAAGAAGGAUGAUUAAAAGGAUGCCAAUUCUGAACUACACCUACAAGUUACAGGAAAUCAAAAAGAAGCAGGGGGAUGGAGGUUAAAAUGUAACAUUUAGUGAACCAUCCCUGCUGUGAGUCACACUGAAAUGACGGUUUGAGUGGGAAAUAAUGAAAGGUUUGUUAUUUAUAGCUGCUUGCUGUGCGGGACAGAGAGGGGUGGUCGACCUGUGACCUUCAUGUGCUUCACACCACCCAAACGAUUCCUGUAGCUGUGGAUCACUGCCGGUGUUAGACAGAGGUUGUGUGUGGGAAAGUGAAAGAAAUUUGGAGUGUGUGUGUUUGCGUGCAUGUGCGAGUAUGUGUGUGUGUUGUACAGCAACCUACACAGCUGAACUAUCGGGAGCACCAGUGUUAGAAUUAACUUUUUACCUGGGGAAAUAUUAAUUUAGGCCUACAUGGGCUGUGUACAGUUAAUUUUGUAGAAAAUCUCAUUUAUCAGGAAAAAAAAAAAAUAUAUAUAUAUAUAUAU